UGCUGGUGACUAUUGGCUACAUUGGAGCAAAAUGGCUGCUGCUUCUCCGAGAGCGAUGAUGCGGUUAUGCAUUCAACGUGCAUUCCUAUCGAAAAGCAAGCCCCUGAUCACAACGCAAGUAAGGACAUCCGUGUAUCAUAAGGGUUACAUAGAACCAAUUGUUGACCGUCAACAACUAAAAGAAUUAGAAGAGAGUGGUAAGCUGAAAGAGCUCAGGUAUGCAUCCAUCAAGGCUGCAAAGAGCGAGGUAACCAGCUCCGUUUUCUACGACCCUAUCGUUCAAAAGUUCAUCAACAUGUUCAUGAGGGAGGGAGACAAAUCCCUGGCAAGACGAGUCAUCGAAUUAGCGUUGUACAACGUGAAAAAACAACAAUUAACCAAAUACAACCGAGCGGCAGACGACGAAUCGAAGAGCAAGAUCGAGUGCAACCCGGUAACCAUUCUGCAUACGGCAUUGGAGAACUGCAAACCUUGCCUGGAACUUACGCCGAUUAAACGUGGUGGGAUAACAUAUCAAGUGCCCAUCCCGAUGACUGCAGAACGUUCAAGAUUUCUGUCUAUGAAGUGGCUGAUCGAAGCCUCAAACGACAAGGACCCAAAAGCACGUAUUUACGAUCAGAUGGCGAAAGAAAUUUUGGAUGCCUACAAUAACCACGGACGUGUAGUCAAGAGAAAGCACGAACUUCACAAACAGUGCGAAGCGAACAAAGCGUACGCACAUUACAGGUGGUCCUAAAAAGUAAGCGUAAAGGGUGUAAUGAGCUUUAAUAAAUAGGACCUGCAGUGGU